GCCCAUUACGUACUCUAACAACGGCCCAAGUCAUCCACACCCCAUCGGCGACCAUCGCAUGCGCAGCGAGCUCACAGGAGAAGAUCCUGAGGCCAAGCAUGGAGUCGACGCGGGACGUGGCUGCGGCGGCCAAGAUCGGGAAGCUGCUCCGCGAGCGCCUGCUGUUCAGGGGCACCUGUUGAUGCAGCAGCUGGAGACAGAGAGAGAGAGAGAGAGAGAGAGGGGGGAGGCAGAUGGAGCAGUUGAUGGAACAGGAAGGGGACAACAUGGAUCUAGCUGGGGAUGGCAUCCUGCCACAACAACAUGGUCCUGCUGGGGACGGUGAAGAAACAGACCCCACGCAAUACUAUGAAAAUAGGCUGAAUAUGCUCGAUUCUCUUAGAAGCACGGGCGUCGACCCCUAUCCGCACAAGUUUGAGGUCGCGAUCUCCAUCCCAGACUAUGUGACCAAGUACAGCAGCUUGGGUGCUGGCGAACAUUUUCUGACUGUCACUGAAAGCUUGGCUGGGAGGGUCAUGAGCAAGAGAGUUUCCUCAUCCGAACUCUUCUUUUAUGAUCUCUAUGGCGAUGGGGUGAAGGUUCAAGUCAUGGCUGGGGCCAGCUGCUCAGAGGUGGCCGAAACUGAAUUCUACAAAUGCCACAGUGUUGUGAAGCGGGGAGAUAUUGUUGGUAUAAUUGGAUACCCAGGUAGGAGUAGCAGGGGCGAGCUUAGCAUAUUUGCCAGAAAUUUAAUAUUGCUCUCCCCGUGCCUCCACAUGUUACCCAACCAGAGAACUGGGAGUUGCACUGCUGUUGCUGGCAAGGAAACUCGCUACCGCCAGAGAUAUCUCGACCUCAUGGUAAACCAUCAAGUGAGACAUAUCUUUAGAACACGAUCCAGGGUCAUUUCCUUCAUCAGAAGGUUCCUCGAUGAACGCAACUUUUUGGAGGUCGAGACUCCAAUGAUGAACUUGAUUUCCGGGGGAGCAUCUGCAAAACCAUUUGUUACACAUCACAAUGAACUAAACAUGGAUCUGUACAUGAGAAUUGCUCCUGAACUCUAUCUGAAGCAGUUGGUCGUGGGUGGCUUGGACCGUGUUUAUGAGAUAGGAAAGCAAUUCAGGAAUGAAGGGAUUGAUUUAACUCACAAUCCUGAAUUUACAACAUGUGAAUUCUAUAUGGCUUAUGCAGACUACAAUGACCUGAUGGAGCUGACUGAAACCAUUUUGUCGAGUAUGGUGAUGGAGCUGACUGGUAGUACCAGGAUAAAAUACCAUGCGAAUGGAACUGAUAACCCUCCCAUAGAGAUCGAUUUCACACCUCCUUACAGAAGGAUAGAUAUGAUGCAAGAACUGAAAUCUAUCGCUGGGCUUGACAUUCCAUUAGAUUUGUCAAGCGACGAGGCUAACAAAUACCUUGCAGCAACAUGUGAGAAGUAUGGAAUCAAAUGCUCGCCGCCUCAAACAACAGCACGGUUGCUUGACAAGAUUACUGGGCAUUUCCUGGAGGCCACGUGUGUGAACCCGACUUUUAUCAUCAAUCAUCCAGAGAUAAUGAGCCCACUGGCCAAAUGGCACAGGACUCAGUCAGGACUGACAAAAAGAUUUGAGUUAUUCAUCAACAAGCAUGAGGUAUGCAAUGCCUACACCGAGUUGAAUGAUCCAUUGGUGCAAAGACAGCGAUUUGAAGAGCAGCUGAGGAGCCGGCAAUCGGGAGACGACGAAGCGAUGGCGCUCGAUGAGGCGUUCUGCACUGCUCUCGAGUAUGGUUUGCCACCAACGGGCGGUUGGGGGAUGGGAAUUGAUCGGAUCGCAAUGCUUCUGACGGACUCGCAGAACAUGAACGAGGUUCUUCUAUUCCCAACGAUGAAGCCCCAACUACCUGGGUAGUAGGAAGCCGCUAUUUCAACUGAAGAGGGACAACAAACAACAGUAUUAAUUAUAUGUACAUAAUUAAGAAACAUGCAUGGUUUCACACGAGUGUUGUAUCAUUGUUGAAGACUGCUACUUGGGAGUGUUUGAUAUUUGUGGAUUUGUGUUUCAUCAUAA